AUGUCCAUCCGGAAGCUCCCUGACGAUGUCGUCGCCCAGAUUGGCUCGUCGGCCGCCGUCGUCUCCUUGAACGACGUCGUCUGCGGCCUCGUGAAGAAUUCGCUCGACGCCCGCGCGGCCAGCAUACACAUUCAUCUCGACUACGUCCGCGGCAACUGCACCGUCGAAGACGAUGGCCUUGGGAUAGAGCCGGCCGAGUUUCGAGAGACCGGUGGCUUGGGGAAGCUUCACCAUACCUCCAAGCAUGAUUCCGGCUCACACGUCCAUGGGAAGCGUGGCUUCUUUCUCGCCUCCGUCGCGAGCUUGUCCCUCCUGUCGGUGACCUCCCAUCACCGGCGCCAUGAUUCCGACGCCUGCCUCUCGAUGCACAACGCCAACCUUUUGGCGAGACGGUUCCCCGCGCCCCCCGAGCGGAGACUGGAGCUGUUCGGCCACGGAACGCGCGUCUCCGUGCACGACCUCUUCGGCUCCAUGCCUGUCCGGGUCAAGCGCCGAGCGGCCGUCUUCUCUGCACGGUCAGCCAUCGACAAGGAGCUCGAUCACCUCGUUCGUGAGCUUGUCACCCUGCUCCUGGCCUGGCCCGCCGAGCUGUCCGUUUCGCUCAACGAGACGGCCAUCCGGCGCGAGCUGCGCCUCAAGUCUACGGCGGAUCCCCAUGUCAUGAUGCGGGCCUCGAUGCUCUUUUCGCAGGCAGGACUGGCCGAUGCCGCCCACGCAUCCUCUUGGCUUCCCGUCUCCGCUUCCUCCCGUCACGUCCGUAUCAAGGGUUCCAUAUCGACGAUCCCCGUCGCCACCCGCCGCUCGCAAACCAUGAGCUUGGGCAUCCAGCCUCUGGUGAGCAACCGUGACUCGAACGUGCUCUACGAGGCCGUCAACGGCGUCUUUCGCGACUCAAACUUUGGCCUAGUAGAGGAGGAGGGACCGAAGCGUCGCAAGGGGCUUGAGCGGUGGCCCAUGUUUUACUUUCAGAUUCUCCUGUUCGCCACGGACACGCCUGUCGUGGACGUCGGCCACGUUCUCGGCGGCUCUCGAAAUGUGCUCGGGGAUAUUGUGCAUCUGCUCAAGACGGUGUCCGCUGACUUUCUCGCCAAGCUGCACUUGCAUCCUCGUGCCGCGUGCAAAGCAUCCAAUGGCACGGCAAGCUCGACGGCGAAGUUGACCCAGCCAGGCGGAUGCGCAAGUCAAUCGUUGUUGUCGACCCAGCCAAGCAGCCGUCAAGCCUUCCCGGGUGGCCGACUCGCCGAUCUCGAACUACCGAGAUCAAGGAGCCCUUUCGACCGAUGGUAUCGCCACAAGGUGGGAUCACCCUCGCGGCACGUGGUGACGGCGUCGGAGGCAAGCCAACCCGGGAGCAAAUCGCAGCCGGCGCAAAGCUGGCUGAUCGGCGAGGGCGGGAAACUCGUACACAAGCCCGUUGAUGAUCUUCAGCUCGACGACGCUCACCCGAGCCGGGAAGCCGCGGUUCCGAUAUCGAGGGCGGAGGAUCGCGUGGUCGACAACACCGACAUGAUUCGCGACGUCGAGCAGAGGCCGUCAAAGAGGCUUCGACUGCUCGAACCCAAGAGCGGGCCGGAGACGCGGUCGAGCGAAUGGCGGCAAGGAAGCCCACGGACGUGGGGGGAUCCUACGCUGGUGACGUCCGUGCAAGAUGACCCGACGGGACCGGCCGAUCCGGAUUUCGAGCAAGACAAGGAUGGCGCCGUCGACUUUGCGGCCGGGUCCACGGAGCUGUCGGGUCGCUUGUCGAGGACGGCGCUGGUGGAUGCCGAGGUCAUCGCCCAGGUCGAUCGCAAAUUCAUCCUGGUCAAACUGCCGCUGCAAGCGGCCGCCGACUCGGUCGAUGGCAAGACGACGUCGGCCCUCGUCAUGGUGGAUCAGCACGCCGCCGACGAGAGGUGCAGGCUGGAGGAUCUGAUGGCCGACUACUUUGAGGAUACCGACUCGGGCGCCGCUCCGGUGGUGGAGAGUCUGGGGAAACCGGUGGUGUUUGAGGCUGCGGGCCGGGAAGGCGAGCUCAUCCAACAGCAUCAAGAGCAUUUUGCAUCGUGGGGAGUCGUCUUCCAGAUGCAGAAAACGUCGCCGCAGUCCCAGAUGACGACGAUCAGGGUGACGGGCCUCCCGCCGAGCAUGCUCGAGCGGUGCCGCGGCGAGCCACGGAUCCUCAUAAAUCUCCUCCUCGGGGAGGCUUGGAGGCUCGACGAUGGACGCGCCAUCCCGCCGCUGCGGAAUGCGCACCUCGACACGGGAAAGUCGUGGACCUCCCGCUUCCACGGCUGUCCCCCGGGCAUCCUGCAGCUUCUGCACUCCCGGUCCUGUCGCACCGCUGUCAAGUUCAACGACCAGCUGUCGCGCGACGAGUGCGUCCGGCUUCUGCGGCGGCUCUCCCGCUGCGCGUUCCCAUUCCAGUGCGCUCACGGAAGGCCGACCAUGACGCCGCUGACCGACCUCGGCUCGGGCGCCGACGGCAUCGACCGCGGGCGGGACGGUGCGGCCGUUGGGGGCCAAAGGUGGAGGCUGUGGAUGGGGGCGGGUGUCUGGAUCUACGAUUCGAUGGAUACGUACGUACACAAGUACUUCAUGCACAUGACAAUAAACGGAUGCAUGCGAUUCACCAUGAUGCACGUUCCAAAUCCGGCAUGCCGGCUCGUGGCUCGUACGACCAAGGCCAUGCCGUCACAUCAACGCCCAUCGUCAGAUGCGGUCACAACGAGGCAAGAGAAUCAUAUUCAUGAGUGGAGCUAUCCAGAGGCGCGCAACGACGCCAACGCAAGACAAAACAGACCAACGCGGGCCAGGAGGCCCACGGUUUUGCGUGCCGUCCGCCUCGUCGUCGACCCAAGAGAUGCAGCCAUUUCCGUCGCCAUCCAACGCCGUACCGCGCCCAAGGCGGUCAUGUCCAAGCGCCGUUCGCCCAUGAUGCGUCAUUCGCGCCGCCAGGUAUCGGCGCACCGCCGCCGCGGCGAAUAUCAAAACCGUCGUGGGCUCCUGCGUCGGAAGGAAAGAGAACAGAUUAAAAAGGUGACCAAGGGAAAAGGGGAAAGGGGGGGAAGCGGGCGCUCCCAUGCAUCGGACGUGAGUCGCGGAGCAGCCAGUUUCAUGCAAAUGUAA